GAUACACACCGCGACCACCAACAACGAUGAACCUGCAGCCAACAGAGAGGAACCAAGAUGCCACCGUGUAUGUCGGUGGCCUUGACGACCGCGCAACCGAGAGUCUCCUGUGGGAGCUCUUCCAACAGGCCGGCCCUGUUGUGAGUGUGCACAUGCCCAAGGAUCGCGUGACUGGGCUCCAUCAGGGCUACGGGUUUGUUGAGUUUUUGGGCGAGGAGGAUGCAGAAUACGCACUCAAGAUCAUGAACAUGAUCAACCUUUACGGCAAGCCCAUUCGCGUCAACAAGGCUGCAUCACACACAAGGACACAGGACGUUGGUGCCAACCUGUACAUUGGCAACCUGGACCCGUCUGUGGAUGAGAAAUUGCUGUACGACACGUUCAGCGCAUUUGGCGUCAUCCUGCAGCACCCGAAGAUCAUGCGCGACCCCGACACGGGCGCGUCAAAGGGGUAUGCCUUUGUCAACUACGCAAACUUUGAGGCGUCGGAUGCCGCCAUCAAGGCCAUGAACGGCCAGUACCUCUGCAACCGAAACAUCAACGUCACAUACGCCUUCAAGAAGGACACAAAGGGAGAGCGCCAUGGGUCUGCGGCCGAGCGGCUGCUCGCUGCACAGAAGCCCGUCAUCAAGACGGACCAGAAGCCCCACCAGUACUUUGCGGAGAAACCGAAUGCUGCGCCGACGUUCCAGCCGGGACCGCCACCAGCACAGGCAGUUAGCUUCCAGCCCCAUGAGUGGAUUGGAGAUCAGGACUCCCGGGAGGGUAGCUGCGAUGUUGAAAUACGCGAUCGUUAG